GGAGACGAUACCGGCACAAGCGCAGGGUGGCUAAGUUACGGUGCUGUAUCCCGUCAGUUCAGAUAUGCAUCACUCCCGGUACUGUACUUGUUAAGCUUUGUACCACUGGAUCUACUGGGGGUCCCGUGCUGGUUCAAACAAUGAUAUCUCAUUUAAUUGGUCCGCAGAGUCCGCCCCUCCAGGCUCGUUGUAUCAGCCUCUACCCGUGGCAUGACUCUUGUGCGAGAACAGUGGGGCAGGGGGGAGGCUGAUAAAAGGAAGCUUAAUUCCUCUCGAUCGAUUUCAUUCUACAGUAGCAGCCGUUUUCACGCGGCCUCUUCACCGCUUCCCUCGGCCAAUCGCUACUAACCUAGUCCUUCUUCAACCGCAAAGGGAUUGAUAUCGCCAACCGCUAAAAACAAAAUGGUCUCAUCCCCUUCUUUUCUUGCGCCCUUGGGCGCAUCCUCACCCUCUCUGGGCAUUGCUCUCGCAUCAGUCGUUUUACUUCUCAACUUAGGCGCAACGAUGGUAAAUGCGCAGUCGGAGGAGGUACAACUCGGAGAGCCUCCAGAAUGCCUUCUCGACUGCGACUACGCAAAAAUGUGGGACAAUAGCGAUGGUGAAGGAAUACCUGAGGUAUGAAAGGACCCUCAUGGACGGGCCCUCCAGUACAAAAUUUAUUAGGGACCCGAAUAGGGGUAUUGCGGAUGAACCGAUAUUAACGAGCUUUUCCGCAGGUGCAAUGCGUCAAAGAUGUCCUCGGCUCGGAAUGGAGGAACAUCACGGAAAAUGGGAUGGAAGAGCUGCCGGAGGAUACGGUCAAAAAAUUACAAAGCUGCGCUUGCACGGACAAACCUUUCGUGAAGGAGGUCGCUACCUGUCUUUUUGAAGGGGUAAGCUAACUUCCCCCUGGAAUACCGGUAAUCCCUGGAUCCAGGAUUGUGUGUCAAUUUAAGAAAUGAUUACUAAUAUCCUUGCAGUGUGCCGACAACAACACUGCUGUGUAAGUGUGACAAUUCUUACUGUGGCGCGGUGUUUGUUGGAUAGCUUACCGCAGUCCAUCCGUUGGAGAUGAGUGCGAGAGAGAGGUCAAGUGCUAAUACAGGACCGAUUACAGCUCUGAAGGGAUUUACCUCGGCUAUAGAGCCUGCCAUUACAUGUUUAACGUUACUCUCCCAGCUCCAACCGGUAGGUGUAGCACUACGGAACUGUGGCACCCCGUCCCUGCAGUUACUGGUAUCCCCUUGGGGUUCGCCGGGCUUAAAAAUAUUGACCUGCCACGGGACUACCCGCCCUCCAAUCCAAUGCCCAUGUAGUCUCGAUGAGGGUUAUUCCCCUUAUUGCUAUCUUUUCUACCUUUAUCUUUGUUGAUUCCUGUUUCUAUGUGAUCCCCCUGCUAACAACUUCCCAUGGCAUAAAUAGAUGUUGUCAAGAUCCUCGGUAUUUCUGUUCCUUCUGGGGUUGUCGUUCCCACAACCGUCUCAGGUGUCCCUUUAGCAACAAGCUGGCCCGGAGAAACUACUAGCUCGACUGUUCCGUCUGCCUCCAGUUCUCAAAGUGGAACGACCUCUGGCUCCGCGGGUGGGGGUGCGCCAAACGUAGGAUUAAGGAAUGCCCCGAGCGGUCUAUUGACUAUCUUGUGCACCCUGUUCGCUGUCGGUUUUGUUACUGUUGGCGCAAGGACUGAUCAUGACAAUGACGGUGACUUUGAUCCUUAUAUCCCGUCUUGUGUAUCGGGAUGCUCAGAUCGAUUGAUAAGGGGAUCUAGUACCGUAAGCCCAGUGUUUGCUUGUUUUUUCCUGAAAGAGAUAAGAUAGAUCCUAACGUUACGCCAGUGCACUUCCGCGACGCCCGCUGAGGAAGCCUCCAUGACCUCCAGCUCUCAAGCACCAGUACCGCCCAGUCUCCUACUACCUUUGCCCUUGUCACUGGUGCCACCGAUCCCGCUGGUAUCUCAUGUACCGAUGCACCCGUCAGAAACGCAGCCAGGGAGAACGACGUUGCUGUUGGAGUAUCUGCCUCGGGCUUGUUUGCUGCUGCCGCAAUUUUGUAGAAGGGACAAACUUUAGUGUUGGUGUUGGCAUAUGAGCCGUACGAGGUCUAAAUGUAAUUGGGUUAACAGGUUGAGAGCAAGAAUUUGGUUGGUGAAUCGGGGCUUCCGUUACCCCAGACCUUUCAACCCCUUAACCUCUUCCUUUAUUUUUUCCCCCGAAUGCGUGAUAUCGGGUUGAAAUGUACCGGGCCUCGAGGACUCCCGUGUAUGAGUCUAUUCCCAUGUAGUAACCCGACUCUGUCUGGGCCCAUGAAUGAAAUAAGCGGGUGGCCGAACGGGGAAAGGAGGGGGGUGUUCGCAGACCGGGAGACUGCCGUAACGGGUUCCUGGGAACGAGUAAUACUGCUCCUCCCCCUCCCCCUCCCCUUCCGGUUAACAGCCCUAUACGAGCUGCCAAUGAAGCCUCGAACACAGCGCCCGUCGGAUAACAACACAUGUAACCGCAGCGUUAUUGUCAGGACUCAGGAUAGCAAGCCUGUUUCAGCAUCGUAGCUCGAAAGCCAGCAGUAAACUGCUCAAAGAGCAGCCUACGGCAGUGCACUCCACAGCUCAGUGGCCCACGACGGUAGGGCGUUUGGCGCGGGGCAGUCCAGAGAGCUCAGGGAAGGCGUCCAUUCAGAGGGAGCGGAGAAGGAGAAUAGGAAGGCGUGUCCGGUAAUGUGUUAGAUGUCGAUGUCUAAAGGGUACGGUAUCCGUCCCAUCUAGGACAAGAACGGAUACUGGCGCUGAAUAGGCACGGGGGAGAAGCCAAUCAUUUCGCUGAGAACUGUCGGCUUAAACCCUUUCGGAUGAUCGCCAAGAAAUUGUGGCUUACUAAAGAGCUCGAAGAUUUAGACCCGACAACUACGAGUAAUACUAUACUGUCUUGUGUUAGUGUGCUAGCGGCUAGUCGUAGACAAAAGCUGUAAUAUCAUAGGAAAUAUUAUGAAGGAAUAAGUAAAUACACAAGAGAAAACAAGAGGGAAGGAAAAAGAAAGGAAAAAAAAAUGAAUGUUCGGCUACAACUCU